AUGGGUCCAGAUUCAGAAGCACAACAACGCGCGUCAGUCGGAAGUCAGCGCGAUGGUCGCGCAAUUCGACAUGAGAGUGUAGUAGAGCAAGACGCACAACUUCUUACUGAACUCGGUCAUUCGCAGGAGCUCGUGCGUCAAUUUGGAUUUUGGAGCAUGUUUGCUCUUGCAUUUUCAGUAUUGGGAACUUGGUCGACACUCGCGCAGAAUCUGGCUGGCGGUAUCGGCAAUGGAGGACCAGUAACAGUUCUAUGGGGACUCGCGCUUGUGGCAUUCUGCAAUUUAUGUGUUGCAGUGUCUCUCGCGGAGCUCACCAGCGCGAUGCCAACAGCGUUGGGUCAGGCUUAUUGGGUAUACCGCUUAUGGACGACACCAACUGGACGCUUCAUCUCAUACAUGACCGCUUGGAUCAACACUUUUGGCUGGUGGGCUCUUACGGCAUCUCAAUCGGCAUUCAUGACAGAUUUUAUUCUGGCUUUGAAGGUCAACUACGAUCCGGAGUGGUCACCAGCAGGUUGGAACUGGGUCAGAUUUCUACUCUAUCUGGCCAUCACCAUCUUCCUCACUGUAAUCAACGUGGUAGCUACUAGAAGGGACAAAAUCCUACCCUGGAUCAACGGUUUCAUCGGCACUACAUACAUCGGGCUCUUUUUCGUCUUUGCAUUCGCUCUCCUCAUAAGUGUCGGUGUCAAAUCUGACCUGUCUUUCCAACCAGGUGGCUUCGUCUUCGGCACAUGGAUCAAUUCGAGUGGCUGGCCAAGUGGUGUCACGUGGUUCACCGGUCUCAUCCAGUCUGCAUACGGCAUGGUCGGAUUCGAUGCCUGCAUUCAUAUGAUAGAGGAAUUGCCUGAUGCAAACAGGACUGGACCUCGCGUCAUAUGGCUCUCGGUCCUCGUCGGAGCGAUAACUGGCUGGUUGUUCAUGGCAGUCUGUCUGGCCUGCAUCCAAGACUACGAUUCGAUAGUCGACGCCGACUACCCUUUCAUCCAACUAUGUCUCGACUCAAUCGGUCUUGCCGGAACAACAGUCCUGCUAAGCUUAUUCGUCAUCAGUGGCGUUGGCCAGAACAUCUCCCUCAACACGACCGGAUCCAGAUUGACAUGGGGUUUCGCUCGUGAUGGCGGAAUACCCUUUCACAGAUAUUUCGCAAAAGUCAGCCCCUUCUGGCGAGUCCCCGCUCGAGCACUGUGGGGCCAAUGCUUCAUCAUCGGCCUCAUCGGAAUCCUCUACCUCUUCGCGAAUACUGUUCUCGAAGCCAUUCUCAGUGUCAGCACUAUUGCCUUGACAGUUUCGUACGCCAUGCCAAUCGUCGCACUCCUGAUCGUGGGACGCGACAAAAUACCUACGAAUAUUCCGUUCCAUCUCGGAGGCUUCGGCGAGCCGAACCCGGCACCAGCUGACAUGAAUUGGGCAAUCGCAGUGUUCGGUGUCAUGCUGGUCAUUGCUAUUGGCUUUUGGUUUAUUCAAGGACAUAAAUCGUACCUCCGAACCAAUGAUGCCAUGUUCAGAAUUGUUACUGGUCAGGGUCACGAAAGUCCUGAUUCGGCUUUGGGUGGCACCAAAUCAGGUGUUGUUGCGGGUAAGGGCAACAGAGCGGAUUAG